AUGGCCACGAUGGUGCUUCCUCGGGAGGAGAAGCUGAGCCAGGAUGAGAUCGUGCUGGGCACCAAGGCCGUCAUCCAAGGGCUAGAGACCCUGCGCGGGGAGCAUCGUGCCCUUCUCGCUCCCCUGGUCGCUCAUGAAGCUAGUGAGGCCGAGCCAGGCUCACAGGAGCGCUGUGUCCUCCUGCGCCGUUCCCUGGAGGCCAUCGAGCUGGGGCUGGGGGAGGCCCAGGUGAUCUUGGCGCUCUCAAGCCACCUGGGGGCUGUGGAGUCGGAGAAGCAGAAGCUGCGGGCCCAGGUGCGGCGCUUGGUGCAGGAGAACCAGUGGCUGCGCGAGGAGCUGGCGGGGACGCAGCAGAAGCUGCAGCGCAGCGAGCAGGCCGUGGCCCAGCUCGAGGAGGAGAAGCAGCACUUGCUGUUCAUGAGCCAGAUCCGCAAGCUGGAUGACGACGCCUCCCCCCACGAGGACAAGGGGGAUGUCCCCAAAGACUCUCUGGAUGACCUGUUCCCCAGUGAGGAGGAGCAGAACCCAGCCCCUAGCCCUGGAGGAGGUGAUGUGGCCGCCCAGCACGGGGGCUAUGAAAUCCCGGCACGGCUGCGCACCCUGCACAACCUGGUGAUCCAAUACGCCUCCCAGGGCCGCUACGAGGUGGCCGUGCCCCUCUGCAAGCAGGCCCUGGAGGACCUGGAGAAGACAUCAGGCCAUGACCACCCGGACGUGGCCACCAUGCUGAACAUCCUGGCGCUGGUCUACCGGGACCAGAACAAGUACAAGGAAGCCGCCCACCUGCUCAAUGAUGCCCUGGCCAUCCGAGAGAAGACCCUGGGCAAGGACCACCCAGCUGUGGCUGCGACACUGAACAACCUGGCAGUCCUGUAUGGCAAGCGGGGCAAGUACAAGGAGGCUGAGCCUCUGUGCAAGCGGGCGCUGGAGAUCCGGGAGAAGGUCCUGGGCAAGUUUCAUCCAGAUGUGGCCAAGCAGCUGAGCAACCUGGCCCUGCUGUGCCAGAACCAGGGCAAAGCCGAGGAGGUGGAAUACUACUACCGGCGGGCGCUGGAGAUCUAUGCCACACGCCUGGGUCCUGACGACCCCAACGUGGCCAAGACCAAGAACAACCUGGCCUCCUGCUACCUGAAGCAGGGCAAAUACCAGGAUGCGGAGGCCCUGUACAAGGAGAUCCUCACCCGCGCUCACGAGAAGGAGUUCGGCUCUGUCAGCGGGGACAACAAGCCCAUCUGGAUGCACGCAGAGGAGCGGGAGGAGAGCAAGGAUAAGCGCCGGGACAGCACCCCCUACGGGGAAUAUGGCAGCUGGUACAAGGCCUGUAAAGUAGACAGCCCGACGGUCAACACCACCCUGCGCAGCUUGGGGGCCCUGUAUCGGCGCCAGGGCAAGCUGGAGGCUGCUCACACACUGGAGGACUGUGCCAGCCGCAGCCGCAAGCAGGGCCUGGACCCCGCGAGCCAGACCAAGGUGGUGGAACUCCUGAAGGAGGGCGGCAGCGGGCGCGGAGACCGCCGUGGCAGCCGAGACGUGCCCGGGGCUGCGGGGGCUCGGUCUGAGGCUGACCUCGAGGAGGCGGGGCCUGCAGCUGAGUGGACCGGGGACGGCAGUGGCUCCUUGCGGCGCAGCGGCUCCUUCGGGAAGCUCCGGGAUGCCCUGAGGCGCAGCAGUGAGAUGCUGGUGAAGAAGCUGCAGGGGGGUGGUCCCCAGGAGCCCCCAAACCCCAGGAUGAAGCGGGCCAGUUCCCUCAACUUCCUCAACAAGAGUGUGGAAGAGCCAGUCCAGCCUGGAGGCACAGGCCUCUCUGACAGCCGCACCCUCAGCUCCAGCUCCAUGGACCUCUCCCGACGAAACUCCCUCGUGGGCUAA